AUGAAUACUUAUAUCGUAUUAAGUCUGCUGUUUGUGGGCCUCAACGCCUUCCCGAUGACUCCCGACUCAGACUCUGUGGGCGACGUCAAGGAUGUCGACCCAAACCAACCCGAAGUGAAAGAGGCCAUCAGUUUUGCAUUUAAUGUGAUCCACGACUCCAUAGACUCGACUCAUGCCAUCACAAUGGGAAAGAAGCGAUUCCUCAACUAUAGGAUCACUUAUAAGGGACCCUUUGAUUACAAGAGGGACCACACAAAGGCAUACAGAUAUCCAUUUGGUAUCAACAAAGGCGCCAUCGAGGACACCAUCAAUGAGAUCAACCAAAUCAGACAACUGGACCUCAAAGACACGGAUGUCUCGCCUUUCCAUCUGGUCUGGAGGUACAAGACUAUGACUUACAUCCCAUGGCACGAGAAGUAUGUGUUGAGUCACUUGGGAUUACAUCAGAAGGAGUGCCACAUCCGAGUGGUUGUGCCCAACACUCCGCACUUCAAUGGCCUCUUAUGGCGGGUGAAGCACUUGAUUCAGUUGAUGCCCAUCGCCUUCCCCGACGGCAUCCCCACCGAAGAGGACGUGGGAUGUGUCAAACUGAACACAUAUACCGGUGCCCUGUCUGUGAACCCCAGCCAUAAGGUGUCGGCCGAUCGCAUCGAUUUGGCCAAAAGUGAUGACAUAUAUUAUGGCAAAUAUUUGAGAGAGUAUUUGAAGUGGAGUUCCGGUCUGUUUGGCAAAGGAUUGCCCGGUUGUCCCGUCCAACAGAUCAAUGGCUCGCAUAUUGAGGACCAUAAGAGGAAGGCUAUGGACGCCAGUAAACAUCAGCACCACUUCUAUAACAACUGAUUCAUCACUUUGUAGACCAUUUAUGUAUAGUUUAAUAAAUGUUAUCACAAUUCAUUCAA